AUGGUUGAUCGAAUACAGUUAUCUAAUUUGGUGUGGGUGAAACCGGAAGGGAAGUCCGAGUUUGACAUCCCAGUGGCGGUGAAGGUCCUUCAAAGUUCUGAUGGCAAAGUGAGAGUGCAAGACGAUGACGGCAAAAUUUUCAUCACUUCCAUCAGCAAUGUCAUCAAGCCGCUUCAUGCCACAUCGAUAGCUGGAGUAGAAGACAUGAUCACUCUUGGAGAACUGCAGGAGUACACUAUCUUACGCAAUUUACAUAUACGGUACAACCAGCAGCUAAUAUAUACGUACACAGGAACCAUGUUAAUAGCAAUAAAUCCGUACGAGAUACUGCCUAUCUACACCAUGGAUCAGAUACAAUUUUACCAAGGCACGAACGUGAGCGAAGUACCUCCUCAUAUAUUCGCUAUCGGAGAGAAUUCUUUCAAAGAACUUUUAAAUACAUCAUCGAAUCAAUGUAUAGUUAUCAGUGGAGAAAGUGGAGCAGGAAAAACUGAAAGUACCAAACUUCUGUUACAAUACCUUGCAGCAGCUAGUGGAAAGCAUUCAUGGAUUGAACAACAAAUACAAGAAACUAACCCAAUAUUAGAAGCAUUUGGCAAUGCUAAGACUGUGCGAAACGACAACUCUUCAAGGUUUGGGAAAUAUAUCAAUAUAUAUUUCAGUGCAAAGGGUGCUAUCGAAGGAGGAAACAUUGAUCAAUACUUGUUAGAAAAGUCUAGAAUUGUUUUCCAGAACAAAGGAGAAAGAAAUUAUCACAUAUUUUACUCUCUCGUUAAAGGUUUGGCAAAUGAUGAAAGAAAAAAAUUGGAGUUAGGCCGACCAGAAGAUUAUACGUACUUGAAUUCAGGUAACACAAUCACUUGUGAUGGACGAGAUGAUGUUGUCGAGUUCACUGAUAUAAGAUCAGCUUUCAAAGUUCUCAACUUCCCCGAUGAUGAAGUAUGGGACAUUUUCAGCUUACUAGCAUCGGUGUUACAUUUUGGGAACAUGAGGUUUAAGUCUUUCAAUUUUAAUAACAUCGAAUCGUCAGAAGUUGCUGAUGCUGUUAAUGCAAACCGUAUUGCAGCACUAUUGGGAGUAAAUAAAAGUACACUGUGCGAUGCUUUAACUCGCAAAACAAUUGUAAUUCAAGGUGAAAAAGUUAUAUCAACAAUAACCCCAGCAGCAGCUACGGAAGGAAGAGAUGCUUUAGUCAAAGCGAUUUAUGGUUACAUAUUUGAAUAUAUUGUGGAAAUGAUAAAUAAAACUUUGCAUAAAGAACAAACAUUAUCAAGUGGCUCAGUCGGUAUACUUGAUAUUUUUGGGUUUGAAAAUUUCGAUUCAAAUAGUUUCGAACAGCUUUGCAUCAAUUAUGCGAAUGAAAAUUUACAACAAUUUUUUGUAAGACAUAUUUUUAAACUUGAACAAGAACAGUAUGAAAAAGAAGGUAUAAUAUGGAAUAAUAUAAAUUAUGUAGAUAAUCAAGAAAAUCUUGACAUGAUUGGAAUGAAACCCAUGAAUGUGCUGGCUUUAAUUGACGAGGAGUCGAAGUUUCCGAAGGGCACAGAUGUAACUUUACUUACCAAAUUGACGUCAAACCACAGUGAAAGAUCCUGUUACAUUACUCCUAAAUCUUCACGAGACCAUAGAUUUGGAAUUAAACAUUUUGCCGGAGAUGUGUAUUAUGAUGUGAAAGGAUUUCUGGAUAAAAAUAGAGAUAUGUUAACAACCGACAUCAAAGAAUUAAUGAUAGAUUCCGGAAAUACUUUUUUAAAGAAUUUAUUUGCUUCACAUAUAGCUCCACAAACGCAUAAUAGCAGCCGUAAAACAGUAUCUUUGAGUUAUCAGUUCAAAACAUCACUGGAUUCACUAAUGAAAACAUUAUACGCAUGCCAUCCAUUUUUCGUGCGAUGCAUAAAACCCAACGAGUUCAAAAAACCUAAAUUGCUUGAUAGAGGCUUGUGUGUUCGACAACUAAGAUAUGCGGGGCUAAUGGAGACUGCAAAGAUCCGACAAGCUGGAUUUCCUAUUCGCUAUUCAUAUGCUGAAUUUGUAUACAGAUAUCGCUUGAUAGUCCCUGACAUCCCUCCUGCUGAGAAGACUGAUUGCAAAAAAGCAACUCGGAUAAUUUGUACCGAAGUUUUAAAAGAUCAGGAAUUCCGUCUUGGUCACACCAAAGUUUUUCUUAAAGAUUCCCAUGAUGCUAUUCUAGAGGAGUUGCGUCAUAAAGUUUUGAUAACAGCUGUUAUAAAAGUGCAAGCGAAUGCAAGAAGAUUCAUAUACCGCCGCAGGUUUCUUAAAAUGCGGGAGGCUGCUAUUAUUAUUCAAAAACAUUUCAGAGCUAGAGGUUUCAGAAAGAGAUAUUUGAUAAUGAAACGAGGUUAUUCACGUUUACAAGCGAAAAUCAAAUCCAGAGAAUUAAAGAGGACCUUUAUCAAUUUAAGGAAAUUCACCACUAAACUUCAAGCUCUUACUAGAGGGUAUUUAGUACGAAAAUUAAUUAAAGAAAAGGGACAUAUAAUAAAAACUAAAUUGCUGGAGUUCAAGAAAUAUAAAGAGGCACAGCUUAACUCUGGAAAUACAAUUGCGAAAGCAGAAGAUGAAUAUGAGAAAUCGUACACAGAACUCAUGAGGUCAAUAUGGAUCAUUAAAGAUGUGACAGUAGAAAAUAACAUUCAGAAUACAUCUAUGAUCGACGAUAGAUAUGUCGACGAUGUUUUUGAUUUCUUAAAGGACACUACCAUCCCUGCUGGAACUGUCCGAGGAACUGGAUUUGGUGUGAGCAAAACCGCAAAACCAGAAAUAUCAAAUGUAUUGCCCCUGCCGCAAGAAGACGAAGAAGAAACGUUUGAUGAAUUUAAUUUCAGAAAGUUUGCAGCUACUUAUUUCUUGGGUAACAUCAGCCAUUUGUAUUCCCGUCGGCCAUUGAAAAAUUCUCUCCUCGAUCUACCGUCGCCGAUUGAUAUAAUGGCUGCUAAAGCGCUGUGGAUAACUAUUCUCAGAUUCAUGGGAGAUUUGGCAGAACCAAAAUACGUCGAUGAUAAGAUUGACAAUAUACCUGUAAUGGCAAAAUUAACAGAAACUGUCGGACGGGCAUUUCAUAAGAGUAAAGAAUUUGAAGAUCUUUUGCUGAACGAUAGUACUCAUGAUAGAAGUAAAAUGAUUCAGAAGACACUGAAGAGACAAACCAAAUUUAAUGAGGAUUUAAUGAAAAGUCUAUUAAAUGACGAAGUAACAAAUGAAUUAUAUAGUACUUGGUUAAGUUCAAGAAGAAGUACCAAUUUAGAGAAGUUACACUUUAUAAUAGGUCAUGGAAUUAUAAGAAAAGAAUUGAGAGACGAAAUAUACUGCCAGUUAUGCAAGCAACUUAGCAAUAACCCUUCAAAGGCAUCGCAUGCUCGAGGAUGGAUUCUUUUGUCUCUAUGUGUUGGUUGCUUCCCUCCAUCGGAGCGAUUCGUUAAAUAUUUAAGAUCUUUCAUACGCGAAGGUCCCCCCGGUUAUGCUCCAUAUUGUGAAGGCAGAUUGGUAAGGACUUUCAAAAACGGUCCCAGAACACAACCUCCCAGUUGGCUGGAGUUACAAGCUACUAAAACAAAAAAACCUAUUCUGCUAACUGUUACCUUAAUGGAUGAAACAAUGAAAACAGUCCAGUCAGAUUCAGCUACAACUUCGGAAGAAAUAUGUCAGCAAAUUGCUGAAAGUAUUGGUUUGGUGGACGUAUUUGGAUUUUCACUUUACAUUACUUUGUAUGAUAAAGUUUUGUCUCUGGGCAGUGAAGGUGAACAUAUAAUGGAUGGUAUUUCACAAUGUGAACAGUUUGCUAAAGAACAAGGAACUCCUGAAAAGAAAGCUCCAUGGAGGCUUUUCUUCAGGAAAGAAGUAUUUACUCCUUGGCAUAAUCCAAUGGAUGAUUCGGUUGCUACAAAUCUAAUUUAUUGCCAAGUAGCAAAAGGAGUAAAGUUUGGUGAAUAUAGAUGUGAUUCAGAAAGGGAUUUAGCAAUGAUUGCUGCACAGCAACAUUAUAUAGAAUUUGGUUUCAAAAUAGAUCCUAAUAUGUUGCGAAAAGUUAUAGUCAAUUACAUUCCUAACCAAUUUAUACAGUCGAAUGAUGCUUCAUUAACGAAAUGGGAACAUCUUGUUACUAAGGCUUUUGAAUCUUCACAAAGUAUUCAAUCUAAGAUAGAUCCAUUGAGAUGUAAAGAGGAUAUCGUAAUAUAUGCAAAAUUAAAAUGGCCUAUGCUAUUUUCGAGGUUUUUUGAAGCCUUGAAACUAAAAGGUGACUCUAUAAAUAAAGAUCUUGUAAUAAUAGCAGUGAAUUGGACUGGUAUUUAUAUUGUCGACCAGCUAGAACACAUUUUGCUUGAAAUUUCAUUUUCUGAAGUUACGUAUGUUGCAUAUCAAGAAGAUCAAGACUACGAUAACCUAGGAAAAAUUAUUAUACGAACUAUACAGCAAGAAGAAUUCGUGUUCCAGAGCAUCGAAGCAAGUGAAAUGAGCAUUUUAAUAAUAUACUUAAUAGAUGGAUUAAAGAGACGAUCGAUUUACGUUGUAGCUCAAUCUGACUCUCAAGGAUAUAGCGACGCUUCUUCUUUCUUAGAAUAUAAAAAAGGUGAUCUUAUCACGCUUUUGCAAGACUGCACCGGAGAAACUUUGUUAAGUUCUACUUGGGGCCACGGCGUUUGUAACGGUCAGGAAGGUCUUUUCCCAACAGAACAAGUAUACAUAAUACCUACAAUGACACAACCAUCUAACACAAUACUAGAGAUAUUUAAGAAAGGUAACAUACACAAUGACAAGAAAACUCUAUCAAAAUAUAACACUAUCCAAAGAAAACGAAUGCAUACUUUAGAAAAAUUCUCAAAAGAGCACUUUAGAGAAGAUAUUGACAUUAAUGCAACAAUUUCUAGACAAUCUGUCCUUACUACAGCUAAGAAAGCAGUGGCAUCAGAUAUUUGGGCACAUACUCGAGAACCUAUUCGUAAACCUCUUUUAAAAAAAAUACAAAAUGAUGAAAAUAUCUCAAAAAGUGCAAUUGCUGCAUUUUUUGCUAUACUCAAAUAUAUGGGUGAUGUUCCUGCGCCAAAAGCUAGGUCUGUAACCGAAUAUACAGACGAAAUAUUUAGAGCAGCUCUGACGGAACCCAGUUUGCGUGAUGAAAUUUAUUGCCAGAUUAUGAAACAAUUGACAAAUAACAGAAUACAAUUAAGUGAAGAGCGAGGCUGGGAAUUGAUAUGGUUAGCAACAGGAGUAUUUUCUUGUGGACAGCUACUACAAAAAGAUUUAGUUGAAUUUCUUAAGACUCGUCCUCAUCCUAUUGCUAAGGAUUGUCUGAAACGAUUUUUCAAAAUUCAGAAAUCAGGGCCAAGGUUGUACGCGCCUUAUAUCGUAGAAGUGGAAGCUAUUCAACACAGAAGUAUGCAAAUAUAUCAUAAAGUGUAUUUCCCUGAUGAUACAGAUGAAGCAUUUGAAGUUGACUCGUCAACUAAAGCAAAAGAUCUCUGUGAGCAAAUCACUGGUCGUUUAAGCCUAAAGAAUAGUGAUGGCUUUAGUUUAUUCGUAAAGAUAGCAGACAAAGUAUUCUCUGUUCCAGAAAACUAUUAUUUCUUUGACUUUGUAUAUGAACUUGUGGAAUGGAUGAAACAGACACGGCCAGUACGCGGUGCAACAACCAUGCAAUUAAACUAUCAAAUAUUCUUUAUGAAGAAAUUAUGGAUCAAUACAUCUCCUGGAAAAGAUAAAAAUGCUGAUCAAAUAUUCUACUAUCCCCAAGAACUUCCCAAAUAUUUACGAGGUUAUCACAAAACCUCUAAACAAGAUCUCAUAGAGUUGGCUGCUUUGAUAUACAGAGCUCGGUUUGGCAAUGACCAGUCAAUGUUGAAACAAAUAGAUCAGAUGCUUGUAGACCUCAUUCCUUCUGAUAUGGUUAGAUUACAGUCAAAUUCGCAAUGGAAGACUACCAUAAGCAAUACUUAUCUACAACAUUCCGGCAUGUCAGAGUUUGAGGCAAAAGAAAAGUUCCUUCAAAAAAUAUAUUCAUUGCCCACCUUCGGCACUGCAUUCUUUGAAGUAAAACAAACUUCUGAUCCGUCGUAUCCUGAAAUGGUUGUAAUUGGAAUUAAUAGAAACGGCGUUAGUAUUAUUCACCCUCAAAGUCGAGACGUAUUAGUGACGCAUCCUUUCUCUCAACUUUCCAACUGGUCUUCGGGGAACACAUUUUUCCAUAUGACAAUGGGGAACUUCCUUCGAGGCACAAAGAUUCUCUGCGAAACAUCAUUAGGGUACAAAAUGGAUGACCUAAUUUCAUCGUAUAUAGCUGUAUUGAGACAGUCAAUGGUUCAAAGUCGUAAGGCUAAUAAAUAA